AUAGAAAUAAUAAUAAGAAGAAGUAGAAGAGGAGGAGGAGAAGUAGUAGAAGAAGAAGAAGAAGAAGAAGAUGUCGAUAACGUCAGAGGAGAGUCAAAUAACGACAGUUAUGGAAGAACCUAAGAAGGAUACCGAUUCGAAAAUCGAGGAUAUCGUUGGUACGAUUAAACGCGAGCACGAUUCCACCGACGAUUUCGAACGAGUCGAGCCUGAGAAUUUGCUCGGGGAGUUGAGUAAUAAAAAGAAGGAUAACGAUGAUGAAAAUGCUGAUGGUGAUUCGAAAGAGGUGAAGGGAGAGGUAAAAAAGGAGGAGGAGAAGGAGAAGGAAGAGAAGGAGAAAGGUGAGAAAAAAGAAGGUGGGGGACUUGUGGAAGAAGAAAAAGCUAAGUCCGAGGGACAACAAUCAUCAGUUUUGGAACCGCCACGUGUGCAAGAAGAUCAUCCGGUAGCAGCAGACUCUAUGGAUCCCGAAGUUCAAACGAAGCAUGAACAGUUACCAACUUGUACAAUACCUAAACGUACCUUCCUAAACGAACAGGAGGAACGGGAGGUGCAAAAAGAGGAGGAGCUGGGGAAGAGGGAGGAGUUGGAGGAGGAGGAAAAGGCUUUACCCGCCACCCCGCCACCUUCCGCUGAUAUCGAGAAAUACGAUUCCAUGGCGGAUCCGUUUCAACGACCGGCAGGUAGGACAACUUCCGCGGAAGGGUUCAACCCUAAGGCUGCCACUGUCGCUUUCGUGGAAAUUGAACGUACCGCAUCGGCACCACCACCACCACCACCCCAUACUUUACCAACAAGCAACACUGAUAACAACCUACUCCUUGAUUUCUCUGACAACAACAUACACAACACCGUGACUUCUACAAGCAAUAUCAACAAAGACGCGUUAAUAUCUUCUACUAUUGCUACUACUGCUCCUGUAUCUGAUCAAACGAAAAUGAAUGACGAUCAGAGCUCUAAUCUUACAAAGAAAGAUAUGCCGGAAAAAGAAAAUUUAAGUUCCUUUGAACCACUUGAUUCUGAUUCUACUCAUUCAUCGACUACUCCAUCCGCACCUGUAAUCAAAUCAAACAAAGAAAGUACCGAUAUCGUUUUGAGUAGUAGUCACGAUUCUUCGAAGGAACUCGCCGAUGACCUUGUUACGAGUAACGAUCAAUUUUCAGCAGAUCAUUGGGCAUUUAAAGAUACAAAUGAGACCGUUUCAACGAUCUCAGAUAACGUCAACGACAUUGUCAAAGAUACGACUGCGAUUAAAACGGAACCAACACAAAUCACAAAUACAAAAAUUCUAACGAGCAAGAGGACUGAUCAAAAGGAUGAUAAAACAUCUAAUUCUACUACAAAAUCCGAAUCCAAGACUGUUUCUAGUAUAUCCAAAUUGUCCACCCAGGAUGAUGGAAAGAAAGAUGCAAGAUAUAAUGUUGAUAAACCCGAAAACAGGAUUCAGGACAUUGAAAUAGCGCCAAAGGAAAUCUUCAGGGACAUGGGGCUCGACGCAUGGUUUAACCCCGAAAGACUGAAUCCGAGAGUGGCCACUCUGAUCUACUGGCGCGAUCCAAAAAAAUCAGGAGCUGUCUUUGGAGCGACUUUAGGGCUGCUUUUGUCGCUGGCCUACUUCAGUUUGAUCAGCGUACUUGCUUAUUUAUCAUUACUCAUUCUUGUCGCCACGGUAGCCUUCCGUAUUUACAAAAGUGUACUUCAGGCUAUUCAAAAAACUUCAGAUGGACAUCCAUUUAAAUAUGUUCUUGACCUAGAUCUUACAUUACCAACUGAGAAAGUACACGAACUCGCGGAUAUCGCCGUUGCUCAUGUGAAUGCAACCAUAAGCGAAUUGCGUAGACUCUUCUUGGUAGAAGAUAUCGUUGAUUCGCUCAAAUUUGGCGUUUUGCUUUGGUGCUUCACUUACAUUGGCUCAUGGUUCAAUGGAAUGACUUUAAUAAUCAUAGGUGUUGUUGCACUUUUCACGCUACCAAAAGUGUAUGAAACGAAUAAAACACAAAUUGAUGAGAAUUUGGCUCUGGUUAAGGGAAAGGUUGAUGAGUUUACAGCCAAGAUAAAGGCUGCCAUCCCUUUAGUUAAGAAACCCGAGCCAACGAAGGAAGAUUAAGAAUCGCGUAUAUGUUGAGAUGUUUCAGCAGAACGUUUGAUAAGAACAGAAAGGAUUAUUAUUAUAAAAGGCAUAAGAAACGCAGAAAGUGAAAUAAAUGAAGAAAAUAUAAGAGCGCCGCGUGUGGAUAGAACAAUAUUAUGAACGCGAAAUGAAAAGAAAACAUAAAAAGAAGCUUGACCGGUUGGAUGUAAUUUGCGAUUGCUUGAAAAAAAAAAAAAAAA